ACGAGUUUUUUCCUCCAACUUCAAGAACAGGGCUAGUACCGUAGUCAUACCUAUCAUGAUUAAUGUGGGAUUACGGCAUAAAAAACGACUAAGUCAUUUCUGAGAUAACAGAUAUUUUUUGGUACGAACGUGGAGGUUUUGAUCUUUUCUUCUCGUAAUCGAUAUUCUUCCAGAAUUAUUCACCUAGAUCUCGGACAGAGAAGUAGGGCUAGACGGAAUGAUGGGCGGUCGUGUGAACAUCAUGAUCUCCUUGUUUCUUAAGGCUCUGUGUUUUUUGGGCGGAAAAAGUGCAUCGCUAGGCGGUGUCCAGAGUGUUGAAGGAGCAGGAGUGGCGUCGAGCGGACAGAUUCGAAGGUCCAAGGAUGCGGCAAAGAUCGUUCCAAGUGGCUUAACUGUUGAAGAUGUGAGGACAUUGCGGUCUUGGCAAAGGGACCGCGUGGUGGACCUGGUCACUGUCCUUCCGGACGAAGACAAAGGCCUGUCAGCGGAGUUAAGGGGCCUUCUUCCACGAAGACUUAAAGUUGUUGAGGCCAGCCUCGUUGUCGAAACGUUUGAGCCAGAUUCGGUUUUCAAUGACCCGGCAGCGUCCUGGCGACAUGUGGAAAGGCGUCUGAAGAGCAAAAAAGGGCGGGAAGGUUCGGAGAGUGUAGUCCAGCUGGUUCGUGCUCUUGGCCUCGACGCGGGCGAGAGAAAUCGGACGGAAAUUCCCUCUCCACUUCAAAAUGGAGACGGAGGCGAAGUUUUCGGCGGGGAAAAGAGAAAGCAUGUUCAUGGUUUUAGCAAGAGAAAGCGACUUGAUGCAGAUAGAAAAAUCAACGUUCGCGCGGAUGAGAGUAGUGUAUCGGAUGAUAAGAGCUUUGCAAAGACGGUGCAACGACCCCGCCACAAAAAGAUUUCGGCGCGUCGACUUAUUCUGCUUCGGAGCAACCGGGCGAAGAAGAUGAAGGAGACACUAAAUGAAAUGGCAAUGACAAAGGUCACCGCGCUGAAGAUUUUCCGUCACCAGUUGUGGCCGAUGCUGAGCCGGAUCGUAGCGCAGUAUCAGCGCUUGCUUUCGGAGAAUGAUGGACUGUGGCGGCGGAAUGAUUGCGCAGGGCGAGGACUCAAGGACAAAUUUUACCUCACCCUUCGAAUGACGCAAGUCGGCGAUGAGGAUCUCAAGGCUGAAUCGGCAGACGAGCCAACUCAAGACUGGCAUCUCGAUAAUCCUCGUGUUGCGGAGGGCGAUAUUGAACGUUUUCGUGAAAAGGCCGACCAUAUCCAAUGUCCGCGAUUCAGCGUCCCUUUGUUCGGUCCACCGACUGUGGUUGUGAAAGCUAGGCCAUCCGGUUUGUCCUACACGAAAGAUAUUAAGGACCGUAUAGACGGGAAGGCAAUCGAGAGAAACCCGGAGGCCCGUGUCCGUCUGGAGGAUGACGCAGAACAAUUCAUGUCGUCUUCGAACAAGGCGACAACAGAGGGAACAAUCGCUGGCACACUUUUUCAUAGCGGGUACGAUGGAGCUUAUCAUCGCGCUCCUACGCCGAAAGAGAUGGCCUCUCAUCCAGCCGUUGCCGGAAGAAGUGGCGCCUUUGCGCGGUUGCUUCUACUUAUAGAACACGACUGCGCCAAACCAGAACAAGCAUAAGGGUCAAUAUCGUUGACGUGAUUAUGUGAAUCCAGGUCGGAAAUACACAUAAAUUGAUUUACUUCGCCUAGGGGGCGAUCGUGUAUGGUUGUUGUGGAUUGCGCCGGCGGCAUCACGGUUUUCUCGUCCGAUAGGCAACGUUAAUAUCGGCACUUCCUCCAAGUGGAAGUGUUUGAGUUGUACCCUAACAAAAGAGGUGCAUUCUCGCACGAGGGGCACACAGUUAAGGGCCCAUGUUUGACUACUCGUCCUCUGAUGCUGCGUGAUAUUCUUUUGGAUCCCACGCAUCAAUUUAUUAGCGGGGUGGUAUGAAAAACGAAAGAUCGAAGGCAGACCUUGGAGUGCUCAAGUUGACUUGUUCUCUUGUUUUAUGAGCAUCCAGCCUACGACCAAUGUAUUAUGAAAACAAAAGUGCUCGUUAAAAAUUGCAAAAAUAAGGACAGGCACCUUAACG